UAUUCAAAUUUCUCAACCACAUGCCUUAAAAUUUCUUCAUGAGCUCCAACCACAGCCUCACUACAUUGGACAUUGGAACCAGUCUUGGCACAGAACAGGGUAACUACAUUGGACAUUUGUAAAAUCCCCUUACAAAUUUUCUUUGCUCUAGAACAACCAAAUAAAGCAUGGUGCAUGGUAUACAGUCUUGUGAGGGAUUUUUAGCUUCCAUAGAUUCUUCCAAACGAGAUUAUUGCUGUUGUUGCUUGGGGAUGUUGUUAUGAACCUUAGAUUAUUCAUAUAUAGCUUAUACCCACUUCUGACUCUGUACUGUCCUCUGCUAUCAUAGCGGUGCCAGCCCCAGGAGUCUUGCUUCAGCCUAAGAUUAAUAGGAUUUUUCAUGAUUAGAGUUGAUAAGAUCAGCUUGCAUAGCAGGAGGAGUGACGGGCUUGGAUGACAAUGAGAUUGCUUCUAUUUGCAAGCUUGACCAGAUGAAGAACCUGAAUACGCUUGGUAUGAGUUUUGAUCUCUGCGUUUAAUGCUUUGCUGGUAGUUGGCAUAUUCAAGAUUUUAUCAAGUCACAUAAUUGUACUGUCUCCGGAAAGAAAGAACCGCCAAAGUUAUAUGCAACGACUGUUCUUCAUCCUAUCGAAGCGAUGUCAGGGUGGUUUUUUCUGUAAUGCUCAGAUACAAAUGCCUCAAGGUCACAUGGCUUUCCCAACCCCAGAUGAUUUCCACGUUCUCCCUCAGGCUUUCCCAUGGACUCUCUCUUCAAGUUCGCCAUUUUUCAACUCAGGAACAUUUCCUCUGCGGAAAGUUCAAUCUCGGCCUCGAUCCCUCUGCUCAGCUUUCUUACAUGGAGCUCUCCCAAAAAUUCUACGAAGCCAUGAAAUCCUGUGCGCUUAUUGGGUCGGUACCCAUCGCAUUAAAGCUCCAUGCUCAGCUGAUCUCCGCUGGUUUGUGCUCCUCCAUUUUUCUCCAAAACCAUCUCUUACACAUGUACUCAAAAUGCGAGUUAAUAGACGAGGCUAUUCAGAUUUUCUUAGGCACUGAGCAACGUAAUGUUAUUACUUGGAAUACGAUUCUUAGUGGGUUGUUGGAUUCGGGUCGACUCAGUGCAGCGAAGAAGGUGUUUGAUGAAAUGCCUCUGAGAGACCCUGUUUCUUGGACUGCAAUGAUGUCGGGCUAUUUUCGUAACGGUCGGGUGGCGGAUACUAUUAAGCUUUUCAUUUCGAUGGUUCGGGAUUCAGAUUGUGUUCCUGAUUUGUUUUGUUUCUCCUGUGCGAUGAAGGCUUGCAGUAGCCUUGGUUAUGUAAGAAUAGCUCUUCAGUUGCAUGGUCUCGUGGAGAAAUAUGGGUUUAGAAAUGAUGAAGCCAUCCGAAAUUCUGUCAUUGAUAUGUACGUGAAGUGCGGUGCUGUUUAUGCUGCUGAGGAAGUCUUUAUGAGGAUUGAAAAACCAAGCUUAUUUAGCUGGAAUAGUAUGAUCUAUGGUUACUCUAAAUCCUAUGGGAUAGGACAAGCGCUUGACACUUUCAUACAAAUGCCGGAACACGAUUCCGUCUCUUGGAGCAUGAUCAUUUCAGCAUUUUCUCAACAUGGUCUGCACACGCAAAGCCUCGGUAUGUUUGUCGAGAUGUGGAUUCAAGAUUGUCAGCCAAAUUCAAUUACAUAUGCAAGUGUUCUUAGUGCAUGUGCCAAUGUUUAUGAUCUUCAAUGGGGUAAACAUUUGCAUGCCCGGAUCGUCCGCAACGAACCCUUUCUUGAUGUUUUGGUGGGCAAUGGACUGGUCGAUAUGUAUGCAAAAUGUGGACUCGUUGAAGCUUCAAGAAGGGUAUUUAACUCAUUAACUGAACGCAAUGUAGUAACGUGGACUUCACUAAUUAGUGGAAUUGCACAAUUUGGGAGUCGAGAAGAAGUUUUUGAUCUUUUUUACAGGAUGAGAGAAGCUUGUGUUGCCAUGGAUGAAUUUACUCUUGCAACCAUUCUUGGUGUAUGUGAAGGAGAAGAAAAUAUUUCAAUUGGGGAGCAGCUACAUGGAUUUACGGUGAAGACUGGGAUGGAUUCAUCUGUGCCUGUAGGCAAUGCUACCGUGACAAUGUAUGCAAAAUGUGGAAAUAUAGAAAAGGGAAGUCUUGCUUUCGAAACAAUGCCCGCUCGAGAUAUUGUUUCGUGGACAGCAAUGAUCACUAUGUUCACUCACAGUGGGGAUGUAGAAAAAGCACGGGAUUAUUUCGACCGAAUGCCAGAGCGUAAUGUGAUAAGUUGGAAUUCAAUGUUAGGCGCGUGUUUUCAAAAUGGUUUUUGGGAAGAAGGUUUAAAAUUGUACAUUCUUAUGCUAAGGCAAGAAGUUAGGCCCGAUUGGAUCACAUUUGCUACCACAAUCAGUGCUUGUUCUGAGUUGGCAACGUUAAAGCUUGGAACACAAAUAGUAUCCCAAGCAAAAAAGGCAGGGCUUGGCUCUGAUGUCUCAGUUGCUAACAGUGCAAUUACCUUGUAUUCUAGAUGUGGAAAAAUUGAAGAAGCACAGAACAUUUUUGACUCGAUACAGGAGAAAAACUUGAUUUCUUGGAACUCAAUAAUGGGAGGAUAUGCUCAAAAUGGACAAGGCAGGAAGGUGAUUGAAGUUUUUCAGAACAUGUUGGUGGUUGGCUGCAAACCUGAUCAUAUAACCUACGUAGCGAUUCUCUCAGGCUGCAGCCAUUCAGGGCUUGUAAAAGAAGGAAAGCAUUACUUCAACUCCAUGACUGAAGAUUUUGGCAUCUCUCCGACUUCCGAGCAUUUUGCGUGUAUGGUAGAUUUGUUCGGUCGAGCCGGGUUACUAAAGCAGUCCAUGGAUUUGAUUGAUCAAAUGCCGUUUAAGCCAAAUGCUGCCAUAUGGAGCGCUCUGCUCAGCGCUUGCAGGAUCCACCACGACACCGAAAUGGCAGAGCUGGCGAUGAAGAACUUGCUAGAACUGAAUGUAGAAAGCUCUGGAAGUUACAUUUUGCUAGCUAAUGUCUACUCCAAUUAUGGGAGAUUGAAAUCUGUUUCUGAUGUGAGACAAGCGAUGAAAGAGAAAGGAGUACAGAAAGAUCCUGGUUGUAGCUGGAUAGAGGUCAGCAACAGGGUUCAUGUCUUCACAGUCAAUGACACAAACCAUCCACAGACCAAGGACAUUUACAAGGCAUUGGAAGACAUUGUUAAGAAGAUUGAAGAUGCUUACGGCUAUGUCGAUAUGUCGAGUUCGGUUGGCUAUCACAGCGAGAAACUUGCUAUUGCUUUUGGUUUGAUUAGCUUGCCUGGUUGGAUGCCGAUCCAUGUGAUGAAAAACCUUCGAGUUUGUGACGAUUGUCACCGGGUGAUGAAACUGAUUUCUCUUGUUGCCAUGAGGAAACUUGUUGUGCGAGACGGGCAUCGGUUUCAUCAUUUGAAGGAUGGGAUUUGUUCUUGUGGAGACUAUUGGUAGUUGUAGUUAGAAACUUGAAACUUUAGUUUAAGAGGGAAAGGAAGAAACUUGUAGCACGUUGCUAAAGGGAGAAAAAGAGUCAGUAGCUUGGAGGAUAAAGUAAACGCAAUUGUUUGUCAAAUAUCAAUUUUUUUUAGUGGGGCGAGAGAUCCAAGGUAAUGGUAAUUAGUGCUAAAUUUUCAUUGAUAUGUCUGGUAUUUAAAUAGUUUUUUAGAAA